AGAAGGAUCUAUAAAUAUUUCUCCAAUCUAACCAAUACACCCAGGCAGGCCCAUAUCUCUGACAAUCAAUCAAAGCAAUCUCCGGCGGCGCACAAUCCGCAACUAUAAAAGAUUAUAUAUGUAUACAAUAAACUACACCAUAAUAUCCUCCCGAUUGCCUCUCUUCAACCAUAUUCCAGGUGUACCCAAGUUCGGAUUAUCAAGAAUUCGUCAACAACUUGUAGGCAAAUCAACAAGAAAAAUGGCCUGGAGUUCGAAUAAAUGCGAACAGGGUAUUGAAAGUGUUUCUGGGAUUGUUCGACCAGCAACAGAGGUUUAUGCGGAUGAAGCAGUUGAAGCUCUGAGAGCUGGGAAGGUUAUAGCUGUUCCUACUGAUACUCUUUAUGGUUUCGCAUGUGAUGCUUGCAAUAUUGAGGCGGUUAAUAGGAUAUAUGAGAUUAAAGGGAGGAAGCAUACUAGUCCUUUGGCGAUUUGUGUUGGUGAUGUGAAGGAUAUUGGACGGUUUGCGGUUACGGAUCAUUUGCCUAUUGGAUUGCUUGAGGGUCUUCUUCCUGGGCCGGUAACUGUGGUGCUGACACGAGGGGAAUCAAGUAUUCUUGAGAAGUCGUUAAACCCGGGAUUGGAUAGCAUAGGAGUUCGAGUACCUGAUUCCGACUUUAUCAGGAUGAUAGCCCGUGGCUCCGGGAGUGCACUGGCCCUGACUAGUGCGAAUCUUAGCGGUCAACCAAGUAGUGUUGACAUCAAAGAUUUCAAAAGUUUGUGGGAACACUGUACAUUUGUUUAUGAUGGCGGUAUCCUGCCAGCUGGACGGUCCGGAUCAACCGUUGUUGACCUCACUAUGCUGGGGAAAUACAAGAUACUUAGACCGGGGAGUGCGAAAGAAGAGACAGUCUCGAUAUUGGAGAGGCACUCUCUACAAGAAGCAGGAGCUAUUGUUUGACCUUCCAUUCUAUCCGAAUGCGAAAUCUUGACUUCCACGAAUGUUUGACUUUGAAUUUGCUCAAGGUAAUGUAAACUUUCCUGGGUCAUGUUUUUUAGUUCCCGAUUUAGGCUUACUUAACAUUAUUUACAGAUAGUUAAUUUGGAUAUGCUGUCAUGUGUGAUAAAUUAUGCUGAACGUUGACCCUUGUGACGUCAAAGACAUCAAGGGGAAACAAUACAUUUAGAUUGUAGAAUAUAAUAUUGUUGAAUUAGUAAAUUUCAUGUUCAUUUAAAGAAAUGAAUCCCCAUUUGAAUUA